GCCGCCGGGAGCCGGGCGCCCGACAGCAGAGAGGCUCGAGGCGCCGCGCCCUGAGGCUCCGCUCGCCGCCCGCACCGACCCGACCGACCCCGCCGCGCGGCCAUGGACCUGCCCCGGGGCCUCGUGGUGGCCUGGGCGCUCAGCCUGUGGCCAGCAUUCACAGACACCUUCAACAUGGACACCAGGAGGCCGCGAGUCCUCACAGGCCCCAAGACCGCCUUCUUCGGCUACACAGUGCAGCAGCACGACAUCGGAGGCAAGAAGUGGCUAGUUGUGGGUGCCCCACUGGAAACCAACGGCCACCAGAAGACAGGAGACAUUUACAAGUGUCCUGUGAUCCAGGGCAACUGCACCAAGCUCAACCUAGGAAGGGUCACCCUGUCCAACGUGUCCGAGCGGAAGGACAACAUGCGCCUGGGCCUGAGCCUCGCCACCAACCCCAAGGACAACAGCUUCCUGGCCUGCAGCCCGCUCUGGUCUCACGAAUGCGGCAGCUCCUACUACACCACCGGGAUGUGCUCCAGAGUCAACGCCAACUUCCGGUUCUCCAAGACGGUGGCGCCAGCCCUCCAGAGGUGCCAGACCUACAUGGACAUCGUCAUUGUCCUGGAUGGCUCCAACAGCAUCUACCCCUGGGUGGAGGUCCAGCACUUCCUCAUCAACAUCCUGAAGAAGUUUUACAUCGGCCCAGGGCAGAUCCAGGUUGGAGUGGUUCAGUAUGGAGAAGACGUGGUCCAUGAGUUUCACCUCAACGACUACAGGUCUGUCAAGGAUGUGGUGGAAGCUGCCAGUCACAUAGAGCAGAGAGGAGGAACAGAGACCCGGACAGCAUUUGGCAUUGAAUUUGCUCGCUCCGAGGCCUUCCAGAAGGGCGGGAGGAAAGGGGCCAAGAAGGUGAUGAUCGUCAUCACGGACGGCGAGUCCCACGACAGCCCCGACCUGGAGAGGGUGAUCCAGCAGAGCGAGAGGGACAACGUGACGAGAUACGCUGUGGCCGUCCUGGGCUACUACAACCGCAGGGGCAUCAAUCCAGAAACUUUUCUAAAUGAAAUCAAAUACAUCGCCAGCGACCCUGAUGACAAGCACUUCUUCAAUGUCACCGACGAGGCGGCCCUAAAGGACAUCGUCGAUGCCCUGGGGGAAAGGAUCUUCAGCCUGGAAGGCACCAACAAGAACGAAACCUCCUUUGGGCUGGAGAUGUCGCAGACGGGCUUCUCCUCGCACGUGGUGGAGGACGGGAUUCUGCUGGGUGCCGUGGGCGCCUACGACUGGAACGGGGCUGUGCUGAAGGAGACGAGCAGCGGCAAAGUGAUCCCUUUGCGCGAGUCCUACCUGAAGGAGUUCCCCGAGGAGCUCAAGAACCACGGCGCGUACCUGGGGUACACGGUGACAUCGGUCGUGUCCUCCAGGCAGGGGCGGGUGUACGUGGCUGGAGCCCCCCGGUUCAACCACACGGGCAAAGUCAUCCUGUUCACCAUGCACAACAACCGGACCCUCACCAUCCACCAGGCUCUGCGGGGCGAGCAGAUAGGCUCCUACUUCGGGAGUGAGAUCACCUCCGUGGAUGUCAAUGACGACGGGGUGACCGACGUCCUGCUGGUGGGGGCGCCCAUGUACUUCAGCGAGGGCCGCGAGCGGGGCAAGGUGUACGUGUACAACCUGAGACAGGCCCUUCCUUUCGGGCCGUGCGUGGCCUUGCAGAGCCGGUUCGUGUAUAACGGGACACUGAAGGAUUCCAGCAGUUACCAGAACACCCGGUUCGGCGCGUGCAUCGCCUCCGUGCGGGACCUUAAUCAGGACUCCUACAACGACGUGGUGGUGGGCGCCCCACUGGAGGACGGCCACCAGGGCGUCAUCUACAUCUUCCGUGGUGCCCGCGGUGGGAUCCUGAAGACGCCCGCACAGAGAAUCGCGGCCUCCGAGCUGGCUCCCAGCCUGCAGUACUUCGGCUGCAGCAUCCACGGGCAACUGGACCUCAAUGAGGACGGGCUGGUGGACCUGGCCGUGGGCGCCCUGGGCAACGCUGUGAUUCUGUGGGCCAGGCCCGUGGUCCGGAUCAACGCCAGCCUGCGCUUCGAGCCGCCCAGGAUCAACAUCUUCCACAAGGACUGCAAGCGCAGCGGCAGGGACGCCACUUGCCUGGCCGCCUUCCUCUGCUUCACACCCGUCUUCCUGGCCCCCCAUUUCCAGACGGCGACUGUCGGCAUCAGGUACAACGCCACCAUGGACGAGAGGCGCUACAUGCCGCGGGCGCACCUGGACGAGGGCAGUGACCAGUUCACCAACAGAGCCGCGCUGCUCUCCGCCGGCCAGGAGCACUGCCAGCGGAUCAGCUUCCACGUCCUGGACACUGCUGACUAUGUGAAGCCAGUGGCCUUCUCGGUCGAGUAUUCUCUGGAGGACCCAGAGCAUGGCCCCGUGCUUGACGAUGGCUGGCCCACCACUCUCAGAGUCUCGGUGCCCUUCUGGAACGGCUGCAACGAGGAUGAGCACUGCGUCCCCGACCUGGUGCUGGACGCCCGGAGUGACCUGCCCACCGCCAUGGAGUACUGCCAGAGGGCGCUGAGGAAGCCCGCGCAGGACUGCUCGGCCUACACGCUGUCCUUUGACACCACGGUUUUCAUCGUAGAGAGCACGCGGCGGCGGGUGGCGGUGGAGGCCACGCUGGGGAACAGGGGCGAGAACGCCUACAGCGCCGUGCUGAACAUCUCGCAGUCCCCCAACCUGCAGUUCGCCAGCCUGGUGCAGAAGGACGACUCGGACAACAGCAUCGAGUGCGUGAACGAGGAGCGGAGGCUGCACAAGAAAGUCUGCAACGUCAGCUACCCCUUCUUCAGGGCCAAGGCCAAGGUAGCUUUCCGGCUGGACUUCGAGUUCAGCAAGUCCAUCUUCCUGCAUCACUUGGAGAUCCAGCUCAGCUCCGGCAGUGACAGUGACGAGCAGGACAGCACCAAGGAGGACAACACGGCGCUCCUGCGCUUCCACCUCAAGUACGAGGCAGACAUCCUCUUCACCAGGGCCAGCAGCCUGAGCCACUACGAGGUCAAGGCCAACAGCUCCCUGGAGAGAUACGACGGCCUCGGGCCUCCCUUCAGCUGCGUCUUCAGGAUCCAGAACCUGGGCUUCUUCCCCAUCCACGGGGUGAUGAUGAAGAUCACCAUUCCUGUGGCCACCAGGGGCGGCAACCGACUGCUGGUGCUGAAGGACUUCCUCACCGACCAGGUGAACACGUCCUGUAACAUCUGGGGGAACACCACUGAGUACCGGCCCACCCCGACGGACGAGGACUUGAGUCGGGCCCUGCAGCUGAACCACAGCAACUCCGAUGUGGUCUCCAUCAACUGCAACGUGCGGCUGGCCCCCAACCAGGAGCUCAACUUCCACCUGCUGGGGAACCUGUGGCUGAGGUCCCUGAAGGCGCUCAAGUUCAGGUCCCUGAAGAUCACGGUGAACGCGGCGCUGCAGAGGCAGUUCCACAGCCCCUUCAUCUUCCGCGAGGAGGACCCCAGCCGCCAGGUCACCUUCGACGUCUCCAAGCAGGAAGACUCGCAGGUCCCCAUCUGGAUCAUCGUGGGCAGCACGCUGGGGGGCCUCCUGCUGCUGGCGCUGCUGGUCCUGGCGCUGUGGAAGCUGGGCUUCUUUAAAAGUGCCAAGCGCAAGAGGGAGCCUGGCGCGGACCCCAGCCCCAAAGUGCUAGAGUGAGGCUCCGGAGGAGGCGUGGAGUUGACAGGGCCGCCAAGGCCCAGGCGGGGUGCAGGCCCAGGCCCGCGGCCCCACUAAGCUGGGGCGGAGAGGACGCUGCUGGCUUUGCACUUGACCUCGACCCCCAAGCAUGGCGCCUGCUCCGCCUGGGAUGGAACUUAAGCACGUGUUGAGGAGCCACCCUGCUGGAGGCUCUCAGGAGGGCACUGCACACCCAGACGCCGCGGUACCAGCAGUCUGCAAUCAGCCCGUGUUGGAGCCAGGAGCAAGACUGUACAUACAAACCUCCCCGCAGCUCCAUCGGUGACCCAGCCUUUCCCUGUAGACAGGCCCCAUAGACGCUCCCCGCCUGAGGCUGGUUGGGCCAGCUGCAGGCCGGGAUGGGGAGCGGCGCUGGGAAGUGACGUCACACAGGCAGGGGAGACCCGUCACUCUGCCUCGCUGCCGGCCGCACCUCCCACUUGCUUCUGUCCCUAGGUACCUCACUGUGGGCGACACAAUUCUGUCCCCGCCGCAGCCCCACCUGUCUCCCGCAGCCUGCCCCACCCCACCAGCGCAGACCUGCUGGCCUGGCUGCACCCCAGCAGAGGUGAGGCCUGGGAGCCCCCUCCCAGCAUCCCCCUCUGUGUGUACAGGCAGGUACACAGACACACACGCAUGCACACACUCCUCCCUCCAGGGCAGGGGACAGCCCAGCGCCGCUGCGGGGGGCCCUCUCUGGAAUGCACUGAAAACGGCCUGCCUGCCAAGGACCCCACGCCCGUGCAGCCUGGGUGGCGAGCAUCUCAUCUGCCAGGCCACAGGAUCCAGGCCACGGUGGCACCCUGAGGACAAGGGGGAUGCAGGUGUCCAGUGGAGUAAUUUAUGCCUUAACCUUUCUUUGAAGUAGAAAUGAAAGAGGGACUCAUCAAAGACAUCUGUUCCCCUGUGCGUACGACCUUUACCGUCGUACAUAUUUCUAAGAAAUUAAAAGUGUUUACAAACCAC